AUGACUGGUGAUGUCACGCUCUUGCCUGAGGCUAGUUGCUUGGUCAUGACCACGAAGAUUUUGGGAGGAAUGCCAUAUAGGGUUCUUGAGGUUUUGAAGGAAGUUACCUGGGUCAUUUUUUAUGAAAUUCAUUAUAUGAAGGACCGUGAAGAAGAUCACUUAUCAACAGUAAUACCAGCUGAUAAGUCUAGAGCAAUAAUUAUUCACCCGCUCGCGAAGAAGCUUACCCAAAGAAUUCCAUGCAAGUUGCAUGGCCACCUUAGUGUGCACGCGACCAGUUCUUGCCCAUCUCCAGCUUUGGUACCAUUGGCAUCUGCUCUAUUGGGUUCCAGGAAUAGCAUGCAACCAGUGCUCGUGACGUCCCAGGCCUAG